CCCUCCCCCGGUGCCGCCGUGGGGUGGGACUCCCCGGCGGGCCGCGGUCUCCCGUCCUGCUCCCCACCCCCCCGCCGCUGCCCGGCGUCGGGGGUCGGUGCUAGGGCGGGCGUGCCGGGGGUGGGCGGGCUCCGCCACACGACGGCGCGUCCCGGACGCUGCCCCGCAGCCGGCGGGUGGGCAGCGGCACCCCCGGGACGAUGCCGCGGCUCGGCGGGGGCUGGCCGGCGGCCCCGCGCCUCAACCCGGCCUCCGCCGCCGUCCUGCUGGGCGUCCUGUGCCUGCCCGGGGCGCCGGCCUCCUCCCUGCUCACAGGAUCGGUUGCAAAAUGUGAAAAUGAAGGGGAAAUUUUGCAGAUACCUUUUAUCACAGACAACCCUUGUAUAAUGUGUGUUUGCCUGAAUAAGGAAGUGACAUGCAAAAGGGAGAAGUGUCCAGUGCUCUCCAAGGACUGUGCUCUCGUCAUUAAGCAGAGAGGAGCUUGCUGUGAGCGUUGCAAAGAUUGCAGUUUCGAAGGAAAUACGUACAACAGCUCCAUGAAAUGGCACCUCCCCAGCAAUCCCUGUGUUACAUACCAGUGCCAGGAAGGAGUGAUAGUAGAAUCAGAAGUACAGUGUGUUGUUCAUUGCAAAAACCCUUCCAAACUCAGGGGAAUGUGUUGUCCUGUGUGUCCAGGUUGUGUAUUUGAAGGGAGACUUUACAAUGAAGGAGAAGAAUUUAGGCCUGAAGGAAAUAAAUGUACCAAGUGCUCUUGUAUUGGUGGCAGGACACAGUGUAUCCAGGAAGUCUGCCCCAUUCUCUCAUGUCCCCAGCACCUCAGUCACAUUCCUGCUGGACAGUGUUGCCCCAAAUGCUUAGGACAGAGGAAAGUGUUUGACCUCCCAUUUGGAAGCUGCCUCUUUCACAGCAACGUGUAUGAUAAUGGCUCCUCCUUUAUGUAUGACAACUGCACAGUAUGUAUAUGUAAGGAUUCAACAGUGAUAUGUAAGAAGAGGUGCUUACUUCCUGGUGAAUGCAAUAAAAACAAAGACCACUGCUGCAAGGAGUGUGUCUCAUACAUCUCUCCUGAGGAAGUGAAAGUCUGCAAGUUUGGCAAUAAGAUCUUCCAGGACGGAGAGAUGUGGUCCUCUGUGAACUGCACCAUCUGUGCUUGUGUGAAAGGCAAGACAGAGUGUCGCAAGAAACAGUGCAUUCCAGUCAGCAGCUGUCCUCAUGGUAAAAUCCUGAACAGAAAAGGAUGCUGUCCGAUAUGCACUGAAAAGCCUGGAGUUUGCACUGUAUUUGGAGAUCCUCACUACAACACUUUUGAUGGACGGACAUUUAACUUUCAGGGAACAUGUCAGUACGUUUUGACAAAAGACUGCUCCUCCUCUGCCUCACCCUUUCAGGUGCUGGUAAAAAACGAUGCCCGUCGGACCCGUUCUUUCUCCUGGACAAAGUCAUUGGACCUUGUGUUGGGCAGAAGCACAAUCAGCCUCCAGCAGCACCUCACAGUGAAGUGGAAUGGGACCCGAAUUUCGCUACCUUGCGAGACACCACAAUUUCAGAUCGAUUUGGAUGGUUAUUUGCUGAAAGUGACAACCAAAGCAGGCUUGGAAAUCUCAUGGGAUGGAGACAGUUUUGUGGAAGUCAUGGCUGCACCUCAUCUGAAAGGCAAACUCUGUGGUCUGUGUGGCAAUUACAAUGGGCACAAACGGGAUGACCUGAUUGGGGGGGAUGGGAAUUUUAAGUUUGAUGUGGACGACUUUGCUGAAUCCUGGCGUGUGGAGUCCAAUGAGUUCUGCAGCCGCCCGCAGAGGAAACCCAUACCGGAGCUCUGUCACGGGACAGUCAGGGUGAAACUCCGAGCUCAUCGGGAAUGCCAGAAACUCAAAGCAUGGGAGUUCCAGAGCUGUCAUUCAACAGUGGAUUAUACCACCUUUUACCGGUCCUGUGUGACAGACAUGUGUGAGUGUCCGAUCCAUAAAAACUGCUACUGUGAGUCAUUCCUGGCAUACGCUCGAGCCUGUCAGAGGGAGGGGCUGAAAGUCCAGUGGGUGCCAGAGCAGAACUGUGCAGCAACCCAGUGUAAACACGGUGCAGUUUAUGAUACCUGUGGUCCGGGAUGUGUCAAAACAUGUGACAACUGGAAUGAAAUUGGACCAUGCAACAAGCCCUGCGUUGCAGGGUGUCACUGCCCUGCAAAUUUAGUUCUUCACAGAGGAAGAUGCAUCAAGCCAGUCCUGUGCCCGCAGCGGUGACAUUCAUUCUCUUUCCAUGGACACUAGUGCGGGUGGUCACUGACCCCUCUGAUGCUCACAGCCAAGUGAAGGACUCCAGCUGUUUGUGUGCAGAUUCUGCAAAGUACACGUCUCCUCACAGAGUGUAAAUAUGCUCCUCUGUGUGUAUUUGUGUGUCUCUAAGAACACACACGUGGCACCUAGAAAGAUAUAUAAAUGUAUACUGUGUGUACUUGGACACACAUGUCCAUACACAAGUGCCCUAAACGUAAGUACAGCCCAUAUAUUUAUAUAUAUGUUCACAUGCAAAUAUACAUAAUUUCUAUAUACCAUAGAAGGAUGAAUUAUAAUAUGUAUAUUUUUUGCUAUAAAGUUUAUGUAUUAUUAUUUCUAGGACCCUGAUCUGUAAGUCAUUGUAUAAAUAAACCAGGUGUUUUUAAUAUAAUAUUGUGGCAUGAAAAGAUUGGAUGACUUUGCCAUUGCAUAAGUUUGUCGUUACCAAGGAAACUUUUCUAGGGCCAUAGCAUUGCCAGGCUGGAUUAGUUUCAACACAGAACCUGGAUUUACAGUUGUACAGGAAACACAUUUCUCUGGAGAUGGAGGAUUUAUCUAGGAAUAUUUCAUGCGUACCUUAGAGCUGCAUAGUGAUUGGUGACAGUGUUUAAUCAGGCAGAGAAAGCUGGGGAUUGGCUUUUAUGCUUUACUGAAAUAACUGCAAAAUUAUUUCCAAAGCUGGUUGGACAAUGGCCAGGAUAGAGACAUUUCUUUCUGGAAUGGCACCAAAGAGUUGGGGCCAGAUUUUCAUAAGUGUUAGGCACCCAACAGCUCUCUUUGAAAAUCUGACCACUUCCCAUUUCAUAUCCUAAUGCCCCAUCUCUGUUGUGUUUGGCAGUAGCUGUGAAUACACAAUGAGGAGCUUGAAGAAAAUAUUCAUGUGCAUAUUAGCCCCUUAAACAUGUUUGAAAUGCCUAGGUUUGUUUCAUGUCUCCCCCAAAUAUUAUGCAGAAAGCAAAUCCCACGCUGAAACAUUUUAUUUCAGCGUGCCUUAAAACAUCAAAUAAUGCCAGGCUUAGUAACUCAUUUAAUUUAUCCGCAUGGUUUAGAAGAAAGACAAAUUCACCCCACCAAAACCAGUAGAGAAUGUAAAAUGCUAAUUGGAGAACUGAAUUUUAUUUCCUUAGUGGUCUUUUGGUUGAGAUUUACGAACGUGUGGGCUCUGUGAAGUUUGCAUGACUUUUGAAGUCUCCCAGGGGAGAAGCAAUAAUAUGGGAUUUCAUUAGAAAUGGAUAAAAAAACCAUGCAACUUCCUCAAGCCUGAAGGGACAGGGGGCUAUUUUUCUUUACUGGAAAAGGCUCUUGCAGAGCCUGUUGGAAUGGUCUCUGGAGAUGACAGAAAUCUUUGUGAGGUUUAUAAUGAAGUAAUAUCUUCCCACACAGCUACUUCCAUUAUGCCUUGCAUUGAAAUUGCACAUUGUAAUGCUUCGAACUUUCUCCUUUAAUUCUUUUCUGUCGAGGAAGUUAAGCAGGGCCCAAGUUUACAAUAAGUGAGUGGGUAAACACACUUGGGUUGGACAGCCUUUCUGUGAUCUCACCCUGGAGGAAGAUGCUGAGUGAAUGUGGUUAACUUAGGCACCACACUGUCCAAAAUGCUGUACCACCACAGUGUUAAAAAGAGCUGGGCCAUAUAAUGCCAGGAGUGUUCCAUGGAUGUUCAUCCAAAUCUUAAGUAAACUCAGCUUGAUCUUUUUAUGUCCCUUUUGUGUUCGUUUUCUUGGAACAAUCAAAUAAUUCAGUUUUACUGGUGAGAGGGUUUUGAAGACUCAUACACAAAUGGACUGGGAAGCAGAAUUGAAAAUGCGCAGAUCCCAUCAGAGCAGGAAACUAGAAGAGUUUUAUGUGCUAAUUGAAUGGCAAAGUUGAAAUUUAGAACAAUUGCAGUAGGCUGAAGGAGUUAAAAUAUAAAAUAGCAGUCAUUAAAAUAAUUUAAAGUGUCGGUUAGAACAAAGAGCUUUUCAACCUGUGAGCAUUCAGUACUGAGAUAUGGGGUCUAAAUAAUUUAAAAUAAUAUUUGCCUAUCUUAAGUUUAGUGCAUAUGAACAGUGUAUACAUUUGUCUUUCUCUUUUCUCCUGACUUAUAAAAGUGAGUGAAAGGUGAAAGGAGAGCCCUGCAGCUCUCCCAGUCCACUGAUCACAUUCAAGCAAUGCUUAAUUGAUUCUAGGUGAAGAGGUGACUCAGUCUUUCGGUAGGAUGAGCUCUAUCUUUAGGUCUUAAAAUGAUUCCGUUUGAAACCUGACCCUGGUCAUCUCAAAAUGAGGACUCAUUCCUUCAUUUAUGUUUUUCAUAUCUGCCUAAUUAUGACUAGACCCAUGCUUUUCAGUUUAGUGAUGUAGACUGAGGAAGAGAAGAAAAUGGUUUUACCUCUAAGCCAAGUGGUUGUGUCCUUAUGGUGCUGUAGAGCUUUUUCCUCCAAAAUCCACAGUUUUCAAGGCAAGACUAAGUUCUAUAAUCUGUCUGCUCGGUUCACAUGUACCAUCUAAGAAAAGGUUGUUCCACUUUUCUAGAAAUUUCCCCCAAAUUUCCACUUGGCAGAAGUUUUACAUCUGUAUCUGUGGCUACCCUGUGCCUAACCAAACUAUUGAGACCAUAUCAGACCCAGGUGGGUCUGUUGCACUCCACUCUUCUCUUUUUCUCUCUCUUUCAAUGCCAUUCAAAAGUUGAAAGUCUAGCCCAAUACCAGGAAUACCAUUAUUACCACUGGCCUCACAGAGUUUGGGUUGAAGCCCAUCUUCCUCCUUCUGUCUUUCCUCAUGGAAUAUUGCCCCUAGCAUGCUAGAGCUGGAAGUUUCCUUUAUAUCACUGGGGAUUUAUUUUUUACAAAAUUAACUGCUAAUCCAGUUUUAGUAUGCUAAAUGUGUUUAAUGUGGAAUAAUUUUUAAAAUAAUAAAAUAACAUUGACAAUUCAUAUGGCAUGUGGAGUAUUCACCAUACAAAACUGAUGGUUGUGUAAAUUUUGAUCUUGAUAAUGCUUAUGUCAAUCUGUGUAUAUAACUUUGUGCCAAUUUGUAAGGUGAAAUAUAUUUGAAGGAGAAGAAGUUCCAAUCAAAGAAUGAUCCAAAAGGGAAGUCCAAGAAACACUUCUGUAGUCCAAGUAGAGACCUGGAUCAAUAGUUUCACAAUUAAUCUGCUGUGUGUUCUCUGGCAAGUUGUUUAAUAUUCUAACUUCAUUGGGGAAACAAGGCUCUGGAUUUAUACAUCUUUUUAAAGUUUAUGGAUGGGAAAUAUUCAAAAAUUACAUACCAGGAUAAUGUCAGCUGAUAUUUUACCAAUCUACUCAGGUCUGUUUUGUAUCUAGUUGUCCCAUCUCUUCCAAAUCAUCAUCACUUGGAAAUCAGCUUUUAGUUGGCAUAUAUGGAGGUCAAAUGUAUUUACUUCCUUCUCAUGUAUUUGUGUCUUUGAGUUGUGUCUAUUUUUGUAUAUUGAGUUUUAUAAACCAUGGAGACAAGCCAUAGCCAAACAGAGAAAUUUGAGUUGUAGCCCAAGAGUCCUGCAUCUUCCAAGAACACUUUUCUUCUGUAGAAUAAGGUCGGAUGCACUUGGACAAACAAACAAACAAAAUCCACCAAACAAACAACAGCAACAACAACAAGAAGAAAUAAAAAAGAAAAUAUUCUUAUUG